UAUAUGUAAGGUGGAUCGAGGCAGAGGACAGCACACUUCUUCCUUCAGCUGCAUACUUUGCCUCCACCUGCUCCCCGCCCACUCUUGCAUCAUGAUCCGCUACUUGCUCCUCGCAUUCCUGGGAGCCUUGAGUGUGGAGGCGAAGAGACAUGUGAACUCAACUAACAGUGUCUACGGUGUCUCUAUGGCGGGCUGCACCUCCCCGUACGUUGUGGUUGGUGGACGCUGUAUAUUUAUUGACUUCACUAACCCUGGCACAUGGGAUCGCUUCCACACCACGUUCUGCAAAGCCACUGGAGGGAAGGACCUAGUGGUAGUGGACGACGCUAACUUCUUUGGCGACCUUGUUCAGUACAUCAAAAGCAUUGGAUGGCAGGACGGCUUGUUCUGGAUUGGUGCCUCGGACACGAGUCACGAGGGCCACUGGAUAUGGCAUAACGGCUAUCCCGUCAGGAUGGGCACGCCCUACUGGGGCACGUACGGCUGCUACAACCAACAGUAUCCCGACGGAGGAAGCAACGAGAACUGUGCAAUAUUAGACGGAAAUGCAAAUCUAUAUUUUAACGACUUUAAAUGUGACACAACAAUAGAGGUCUUCGGCAUAUGCGAGAAGAACACAGAGUGCCAGAGUCCCUUCGUGACGGUGGGAGGCCGCUGCGUGCACCUUGACUACACUGUCGCCGGCUCCUGGGAGGAUAUGCGACAGUACUGCCAAGAGCUCGGGGGUGACCUGAUCAAUUUGGCUGGUCUACAGUUCUACGGUGACCUCAUUUUGUACAUGAAUAAUCUGAAUCUGCCAAAGCAUUCCCACAAGCAUCCUCCAGUGUGGCUGCACACUCCCAGGAUGUGCAAAAAUCAACAUUCCUGCGGCCUAUUGAAUUCAAAUAAAGCCCCUGUAACAGCUCAUCGGCAGCUAGAUGUGAGCACAGAAGGGGGUGUUAGAGUCUUGGCUUACGGUGUAGAUGGUACGGUGACGGUGACGCCCACAAUGUCACCACAUGAUAGAGGCGUCGCGACCCACGGCGUGUUCCUGAUGCUGGCCGGAAGCGUGGUCGUGUCCGCAGUGAUGGGCCACGCCACUUCAACUGGUGAGUCAGAACCUCCGUACUCAAGGUGCAGAGAGGUGGAGUGCCAGAGCCCCUUCACGGAGGUGGGGGGCCACUGCGUGCACCUCGACCACAGUGUCACCGGCACCUGGAGGGAAAUGCAACAGUUCUGCCAGGACCUUGGGGGAGACUUGAUCAAUCUUGGGGAUGUACAAUUUUACGAAGACAUACUUGCGUACAUACGCGUCUUGGAUCUGCCCAAAAUUAACUUUUGGAUCGGCGCGUCUGACCUGGAGCAGGAAGGCCUCUGGACGUGGACAGACGGGACGCCAGUCAAGAUGGGCACGCCCUUCUGGGCCAACUAUGGAGGUGACAAUAUACAGAUGCCUGCAGGAGGAAGAGAACAAAACUGUGCUGUACUCGAUGUAAAUCUGCACUACUACUUCAAUGAUUACGACUGCAAGAGUCACACAAAGUGUCCAAUUUGUGAAAAGAUGUAGUAAAAACAUUUACAUUAUGUAUAGUCGUGACAUUUACUGUGUCAACAACUAUGAUGAGAAACUGUAGCAACCUAACACAGCGAUGCUUGGUUUUUUUAUAUUUUUCACUCCGAGACCGUGAGGCAGAGUACAUGUCUCUGCACUGCCUCUCCUUCCCUCUCAUUCCUUCCAAUGUCGAUUCCAAGCAAUGACCCUCGUGACAAGGCUCGACAGUCACAAACAAGUAAUCGAAACGUUUUAAGAAUAUGUACUGAUUUCUGGAACAAUAUAUCAUAUACGUCUGUCUUUAUCCGAGGCACAUCAAAGUAUGCUUGUCUUAUGUUUUGUUUCCUGGCACUGAAAGGCAACUCCAUCAUAUGUCCAGUAAGGCGUCCAUUAAGGCAUUACAGCCUCGGUGUUUGGUGUAAAUAAUAAAUGCCAUUCAGAAAC